AUGGUUUCCUUCAACGACAUCAAGUGGGAUUCUCACAAGAAACAGUUUUACUACGAUGACGACGACGUUGCACGUACCCAUGUCCCCGUCAACUAUGAGGACCAACGUGGCAAUUUUUCCCUCAGCAAAGCGCAGUUGGAUAAAUGGUUCUCGAUCGACAAACGUUCAAAAUUAUCUCUGCCAAAAUACAUAAUCACGAACGAGAUGGAGUAUGGAAACAAAGAACAAAACCAGUACUGGCGUCUCAAUGGAGGUAUCGCAGUUUACGAGCCCAUUGAAUGGGUCCCUUGCGUCCAUCUCAUAAAACAAUUCCCAGCAAGCAUGCUCGAGAAGGAAAUCACGAUAACGGAGUCCGAAACCCAGCAAACCGAGCUUUGGGCCGAAGCAAGUGCAUCUCUUUCUAUGUCUGCCAGUGCCAGCUACUUUGGCGUUCAAGUUGCAGCCGAGGCGAAGGUCGAAGGAGGAGUCAAGACCAAAAAGGAAACCAGCAGGAUUAUGGAAGUUAAAGAACACGGGAAAAUACCACCAGGAACCCCCUGCUAUGAAGUCAUGGUCGGUAUGAUUCUCAAGUUGAAAAAGACCCACUCCUUUAACCUGAGACCUGAUGAUGUGUACUGGACACAAAAUGACAACAGAAAGCUUACCUGGGGUGGCGACGAGUCCUGGGGCAGUAUCCAGGUCUUAGACUAUUCACUUCAGAGGAAGGAGGUCAAGGCACUGCAGUUUUAUUACCAGUCAACUUUUAUCCAGACAUUGCCGGUGCUGCAGAACCAAAAGUUGCAUGGUAUGCAUAUUCUAUUUUCAUGCGUAGGGUGGAAAGAAUGGUAUGCUUAUACCCGGGCUGAAAAUAAGGACGAAAGGGGGCAAAUCCGGCUCCAAGCUUACCCAGCAUGGGAUCCAAUGUCAACUCUCCUUACACUUGAAUAG